ACUAUAGAAAAUGGGAGGGCGAAGAUGACUUUAAUAUGUGUUCGUAACGAGUUGGAAUUAUUUACAACCAAUAUUGUCAAAAUUAAUGAUCAUGAGUUCGUUUUUGAUGAACCCUAAUUCAUAUACGGAGCCGAAAUUUCCUCCGACGGACGAAUAUUCUCAGUCAAAUUAUAUACCAAAUAAUGCUACUGAUUACUACAGACAAAAUUACCAAAAUUCCUAUGGAUACGGUGAUCAUAGACGUUACAGUGAGGACAAAUAUACACCACACAAUUAUAUUCCGUGUCCGACACCUCCAGAGACAGUUUCAGCCGCUCGGGCUUCUCCACCUUCUCAAGGAUAUGGACGGGGGACUACAACAGCUCUAAGUAACGGUUUUACACCGGCUGCACAGCCUGCUCAAGUCUCUUCAUCUCCUAGUCCUCCGUCUGUAACGUCAUCUGAUGAGGAUUCAUCUCCUAAAAGUGCGUGUGCUCAGACAAAUUCGGACGGACAGCCAGUAAUUUAUCCAUGGAUGAGGAAAAGUCAAGGAAAUAACCCAGGGGACAAUAUAAUUUCGGAUUCUAAACGGAACAGAACUGCAUAUACCCGACAUCAGGUGCUUGAAUUGGAAAAGGAAUUUCAUUUUAACAGAUACCUCACGAGGCGAAGACGAAUAGAAAUUGCACAUACUUUGUGUUUAUCAGAGAGACAAAUAAAAAUUUGGUUCCAGAACAGAAGAAUGAAAUGGAAAAAGGAACAUAAAUUGCCAAAUACGAAAACGAGGCUUAUGGACACUGUUACAUCACCAAUGGACACACACCAUCAGUAUCUUCAUGCUAUGGGACUACAUCCCGCCGAUUUAACGCAAAUCUAGUCAUUAGUUGAAAAUUGUGAUUUUUAUUUCCAUGACAGUUUUGAAAUGUGACUACAAAUUUCAUCUACAAAUGAGAUUUUUAUACCAAAGAUGAUUUGAUUUAUAAAAUCCGACUAUUUCAAAUUGCGCAGUCUACAAAAAGUGACGUUGCAACACGCGUUUGUGGGCAUGUGUUUAUUUUAUUUAUAAAUCCGACAUUUAUGUCCCCCUGUGAGCAUUCUUUAUUUGUAUAUAAUGUUGAGAUUGUUAUGAUAAUUGUUGUUUCAGUGAUGAAUGUUUUUGUCUUCAGAUCGUAAAAGUAAAGUGUAAAAAAUACUA